UAAGGUAUACGUGAUCAAAAAAGAAUAAGGUGUAGACACUUGCGGUAGAGGUUCUAACAUACAGAGUUGAUAAAAGUAGUCUUUACAACAUGUUAAAGGACUAAUUUAGUUUUCUCGUCACGAAAAUGGGCAACCAAAACAUGACAAAAAAGUUUCUGCAUUGUAUUUGUUUGUAUUUGAUAUUUCCUUGUGCAGAGCUUGUAACCUGGGUUACGAUAACGCCAGACAUUAACAGACUACGCGAAGUAGAAGGUGCAUAUGUCCAAUUUACCUGCCAAACAUCGCCGGUAGUCCCCGCCCCGACUGUCCGGUGGUUCAAAGCUGAAAACAAGUCCGACAUUCCCCCUAUGGAAUUCACAGAUGGUUCUCAAAUCUCCAUACACCCUAAUAUAUCUGGAACGAUCAGUUCAUUAAAAAUAAUACCAAGGAUGAAUGACAGCGGCAUUGUCAUAUAUUGCAAGGCGAUGAUUAACUUUACCGAAGUUGAAUCACAGAGGAGAGUGAGUCUGGAUGUCAUGUACCCGCCGGGACGCCCAAUUUGUACAUACCGUGGUCGUGAGGUGACGUUUGUUCUGCGUGUCAUUAAGGGAUCCGACUUUGACGUUUGUUGUACCAGUGACAGCUACCCAUCUCCAAAGUAUGAGUGGCACAUGUUUGACGGUUCUAAGUUAUCUGGUGCAUGUAUGACGUUGUUCAACAUACAAACGUCCAAUUCUGGCAUGUAUGGAAUCAUAGCUACAAAUGUGAUGAAUCUUACAUUAGGUCCAUCAAUGACUGGGUUCAGCAGCAUAUCAAUUGUUGUUGAUGUUUUGUAUCAACCUAUCCUUCCUACGCUGACCGUAACCAACAUAUCCUUGCCAGAGACAUUCCGAAUAACCAGCGGAACCGAUGUUCAGGUUUCGUGUUUGAGCCAUGGUAACCCUUUGCCACGUUAUGUCUGGUCGAGGAGAUCGAAGGAUUCAAUUGCAAACACAUCUAUGCCAAUUGCAAACACAUCUGUGCUGACCUUGACCAACGUGCAGCACCCAACGCAUACUGGUCUGUAUGUAUGCACUGUCAUGAACGACAUGCCCCCAACGUUUGACGAGUUUGUGCAAGGAAGUGCAGUUUCUCAUGCGUUUAUAGAUGUUCUCUAUGGACCAGAGGUCCAAAAGAUGAAUGAUCAAACGUUUCAGGAAGGCAGUCGAUUUCAGUUCGAUUGCCCGGUAACCUCUGGAAAUCCUUCGGAUAUUUCAGUUCUUUGGACACGCGAAACAUCUAGCGCACAGUGGGCCGCUAAGACGUUAACCAUACCGUCAGUGCAUUUUAGUGACGCCGACUUCUAUACCUGUACAGCGUCUAACGUGCUCUUUCCGAGUUUCGGAGAGUCACAAGUGCGGAUUGAUGCGGGAAGCUUUCGGCUGAUGGUUGUUCCGGUUAAUGACCAAAAAACAUCUUACACUGGAGCUAUUGUUGGCGGCAUAAUUUCGGGCAUCACUCUGGUAACCAUAGUAACUGUGUUGGUCUGUUUACUGAACAAGAAUGGUCUCCUUCAUAAAUGCAUCAAGAAGAAGAAUGCCACUGUGCACUGUGAAAUUGUGAAAUAGACAAAAAUUUCUGACCUAAUCCAAUGGCGGACAAUACAGAGUUGUUAAUAAUUAUGAAAUGUUACUCUUAGAAAAGUAAAAUUUACAUUUAGAACAUUGUUAAUUUUGGAGUAUAAAACUUGAAUAGCAAUUUUCAAGGAACAAUGAUGAAAAAUAACAGUUGUUGUUUAUAAGUUUGAUGUCGAUUCCCUACGCUACGGAGCAAAGAUGCAUAUAAAUAGAAACGCAUAUCUGCAACUGAAUAACUGAGUCAAAUAUAAUAGAUUUCCUAAUUUUUCGUCGAAAUGGAUGACUUAUUGUUUUAACAUAAUGUUUUCCAUGAAAUUAUUUUAGGUAGCUUAUUAGUGUCCACUCUUUUAUGCGAUAUUCGAUAAAUUGGCAACAAGAUUCAGCAACAUCGCUUAUUUUUAACAUGAUAUUCGAAUUAAGAAUCAUGUGUUACAUAUUCAAGAUCAUCGGUGUGCAUGUUAAGCAAAACGCUUAUCAUCGGUAUUUGCAUUCGGAUAAGGCAUCCAUCCCUUCGUGUUGAUACUUAUAUCAGUUAAUGUAUUAAUAAUUACAUCGCUCUGUGUCUUUCAUUUGAUCAUUUCCUAGAGUGCGCGCGGUUUGCUAUUUAAUUUCAAAACAUCAUUCUCAUUCAUGUUCGCAUAUUGAAAUGUAUUUACAAUGAGCACUCGUAACUGGUAUCUAUAUACAAGUAUAUCUUUAAGCUACCACAUUAUUUGCAUAAAAGAUGCGAUCAACAUGAUUUCAAGUAAUUUUUUUUUAAUUAUCAUGUUUUUACUUAA